GUUUUCUGUUUAUUUUCUUAUUCUUGACAAAAUUUCUUUAAAAAUUUCAAAGUAUUCAAAACAUACAACACCAAUGUUUACUUUUAUGAAUCCUUAUAUUAAAUUUGUUAACUAUCCACAAAAUUAUAAUUGGUUUUUAGAAUUAAUUAUGCCUCAUUAUAGUCCAUUUGUUAAAACAAUAAGUAGAGAUAUCUACAAAACAUGGAGUGGGGAGACACUAAUUAAUUUUAAAUGGAAUAAAUAUGGAAAAUAUUAUUAUUCAAUAAUCUGGAUUGGGUUUAUGUUUUUACUUGGAUGUUUUACUGCCGCUGCAACGAUUCCUCAACAAUACAUUAAUGAUGAUAUUCAAAAACAACUUUUAAUUGCCUCAAUCAUACUUGGAUUUAUUCAUUUGAGUUUUGAAAUACGUCAGAUUAUCUAUGAUCCUAUUAAAUGGAUCAGUGAUAUUUGGAAUAUAUUUGAUUUAAUUGCAUUCCUACUUCCAAUUUACACUUCCAUUUAUUGGCUUCAAACAAAUAAUAGAAAUAUUCAUUUAAUAUCUUUUUCAUGUUUAUUUUUGGAUAUAAAAUUUUUAUUAUUUUUUAGAGUAUUUGAAUCUUUUGGUGUAUACUUUGCAAUAAUUAUUAGUGUUGGAAAACAAGUUGCUUCUUUUUUAUUUGUUUUGUUUAUUAUUAUAAUUAGUUUUGCGCACACAUUUUAUAUUUUAUUAUCGCCAGAACCUAACUUUUCUUUUGGAGAAUAUACAAAUAAUAAUGAUCCAAAUGACCCUUGGAACCUAGCUACUGCUUAUCACCAAGUGUUUGGAAAUGGAACUGUUGAUCCAAAUCCAUUUAUGAUUCAACCACCUGAUGAAAAUACAAACAUGUUUGAAGAUUUUGGGACUUCUAUUUUUGCAAUGUAUUUAUUCUUAACAGGUGAUUCAAGCGCACUAUCCAAUUGGACAUAUAAAAACAAUCCAUCACUUGUAAUACUGAUUGUUUUGUUCUCAUUGUUGAUUGUUGUAUAUCUUAUGAAUUUAUUUAUUGGAUUACUUAGUAAUGCAAUUGAAAAAGAUAAUAAUAGGGUCUCAUUUUUAAUACAGAAAGCAGAGAUUCUAGCUGAAAUUGAAUUAUUUUACCUAUUACCACAUCAAAGACGUUGGAAUGAAUGGUUUCCUAAAGUGAUAUACUAUUAUGCUGAUUUUGAUAAGACUCGACAAGAAAUUAAGGAAAUGAUUAAAGAGGGAGAAUGGAAUACAGAUGAAUUUUCAGAAUUAAAGCAGAAGUUAUUGCAUAAACUUAAAAUAUAACAUGAUUAUUAUAAUUCUGUUGAUGAAGCUACUUUUAUGACGAAGUUUGUUAAUAUAGUAAUUUUCUCAUGACUGUAAAUAGUUUUAAUAGUUUGAUAAAUAGAUAGCUAGCUUAUUAUGACUUUUUUUAUAAUUUGAUCACUGGAAUUAUAGAGUAUUAUCUUUCAUAGUUCAUAUAAUGAAGAUGGACCAGUUUGUAAUCAAUUAUAAAGUAUAUUUAUUAUUAUUUUCAUCAUAAAUAGAAAUUUGAAUUAAUUGUGUUUUCCAGAUUUUAUCUCCGUGAGUAGUCCGUUAUACGCAUUUCUUUAGGGCCGGAAUUAAGAUAAUGUGAGCAGUAUCUAAA